AUGGAUUUUGAAAGCCCAGAUGUAGAGAAAGACUUUCCGGGCUUAUACGCCUCAGAAGCCGGUCGCAAAAGUAACGAAAGUGACUUCAGUGAUGGUGGAGAACAUGAAAAGCCAAGUAAGAAAGAUUUGUUGGGUCGUAGAAAAGAGAAAAAGGAGUCAAAGAAAGAUAGAGGUUAUGCUGCCCUAGAAGGUGAAAGUUCCCCAGAAGAGGAUACAGACACAAAGAGUCCCUCAAAAUCUAAGAAGACAAAAUCCUUCAAGUUCCCAACCAAAAGUAAAGAGAAAAGAGAGAAAUCUCGCGACAAAGAGAAAGUAUUGGACGAUGCUGUCAAGCAGAAAGAGAUAACAGAGAAGGAAAAGAAGAAAGAAAAGGAGAGGGAAAAAGAAAGAAAGGAGAAAGAAAAAAGAGAAAAACUAAAAGAAAAAGAUAAGGAAAAGGAAGAGAAAGCAAAAUUCAAAUUGGAGUCGAAGGAGAAACUCAAAGAUGAAAAAAAAGAUAAAGUGAAGGACAAGGACAAAGAGAAAGUGAAAGAGAAGGACAAAGACAAAGUGAAAGAUAAAGAAAAGGACAAAAAAGAUAAGAAACUGACGAAAGUGCCGUCUACUGUGACCUCGGGUGUGCCGUUUGAGGAAAUAUUCACGUUGGGAGUUGCUCUUCCCAUUUUUGGCGUUCCGCUGCACCAGUCAGUGGAAAGGUCCAGAUGCCACGAUGACAUCAGGCUGCCCCUGGUUGUUCGUGACAGUGUCGACUAUCUCCAGGCUCACGGUCUAAAGUCUCCCCUAAUAUACCGCGGCGAGCCGGAUAAGAUAAAGUUGCAGCAACUGCGCAAGUUGUACACUGAUCGCGGGCCCACUUUCCCUUACCAUUGGGAUGUUCCCGUCGCUUGUGCUAUCCUCAAAAGCUUCAUCAGCGAGCUACCCGAAUCCAUACUUACUCAAGAGCUCCACGGUCAAUUUGAACAAUGCGCCGCUAUAGGCGAACCGCACCGGGACGCCGCGCUCACUGCACUCGCCGCGCGACUGCCGCGCGACAACCGCGCGCUACUCGCAUAUAUACUACGGCAUGCGGAUAGUGUGAGGGGGCACGAACAGUACAAUCACGCGAACUUGCAAACGAUCGCAACAUAUUUGGGACCCGCUUUGAACAUGUCGUACAAUCUCCUCGCUUACUUGGUCUCGAAAGUGGACAAACUGUUCCCGGAUGUACAGCUAACGAAAUACGUGCCGCCGCUUCUUAACCUUCCGGCCGAUUUUCCCGAAGACGUUGCAUCGAUCAGUACAGAACUGCGCAAGCAAGAAUCGCUGUUGUCUCAGCUUCAUGCGGAAAUGCACGCGGGAUUUGUUACGCCAGCGAGAGAUCAACGACUGUGGGAGGCGCAGAGGAUUGUAACGCAGCUUAAGAGAAAACUGCGAAUGGUACAGAAGUCAGUGGAACCAAACUCGUUACCGCCGCAACCUUCGGUAGACGAAAAACACGAAGAAGAAACCGCGAGAAGAAAUUCCCAACCGAAUGAUACGAUCACAACACAGGCAGAAGUAAACGAACCACCUUUAGCCACGCCCCAAACGUCAGACGCUUUCCAAGAGAAAUUCCCAGAAGGCGUGCCCGACCAAUUCUUAGAAACAUUCCCGGAAAAUAUUCCAGAGCAAUUUGUAGAAAAGUUCCCCGAAAAUAUUCCCGCUCCCGCUCCUUUCGUGGAGAAUUUCCCAGAAACUAUUCCAGACAAAAUCGUGGACAAAUUUCCUGACACUUUUCCCGAAAUUGAAUCACCGAAACAGGACGUAGCUGCUUUCGACGCUGAAUUCGAAGACAACUUCGACUUCACGCUGGAAUCCAAAGAACCCAAAAAAGUAGAUACUCCCGUCGAACCGCCAGUAGAGAAACCUAAGUUCACAGAGAAAGAACUACGAGUACUCCGUUUAGAACUGGAAAACGCGGAAUAUCUUCAACUGAAAUCUUUGUUGCAAGCUAAAAUCAACUCUGAGCAAUUCGAAAUAGUGAAGCUUAGAAGUCACGUUGCUCUGAAGAACAAACAAGAGGCCGCACAAAACAAUAAGGAAAACAAAGAGAACAAUACCCCAGAAGAAUUAGAAUUGAAGCAAAGAUUAUUGAAAGAAAAUGCUUUGUUAGAACAGAAAAGACUGAAUCUAAUUAACCAGAUAUUUCAAGAAAGAGUGGCUUGCAUACAACUUAAGAUUGAACUCGCUAUGAAGGAAAUACUUAAGUCCUAA